AUGACUCUCAAUGUGACCAUGCGGCGCAGCAGCAGCACAGUGGUGCAGAGCCAGCAGCGCUGGAGUAUUGCCGCUGAUGGGAAGAAUAUUAACGUACAGAAGAAUCCCAAUGUGAACCUCAAUCGCAACCACACCAUCCAUCACUCAGUAAGGCCAGAGGACUACUACAGGUGCAGUUGGUCUUCAGACUCUUCAGAUUCUGUCAUUUCCUCAGAAUCUGGGAAUACCUACUAUCGAGUGGUUCUUAUUGGCGAACAUGGUGUCGGCAAGUCUACAUUGGCCAGUAUAUUUGCAGAAGUGCCCGAUUCUCUGGACAGUGAAAUGCUAAGUGAGAACACAUAUGAGAGGACCCUGAUGGUGGAUGGAGAGAGCGCCACACUUAUACUGCUUGACAUGUGGGAAAAUAAGAGUCAGGAUAACUGGAUGUAUGAUCACUGUAUGCAAGUGGGAGAUGCUUACUUAAUAGUAUAUUCCAUCACGGACAGAGCAAGCUUUGAGAAGGCUUCUGAGUUACGUAUACAGCUACGUCGGGCACGCCAGACAGAGGACAUUCCAAUUAUACUGGUUGGGAACAAAAGUGACUUGGUUCGAUGCAGAGAAGUUUCCAUAUCAGAGGGAAGAGCAUGUGCCGUAGUAUUUGACUGCAAGUUCAUUGAGACUUCUGCAGCCGUUCAGCACAACGUGAAGGAACUGUUUGAAGGCAUUGUCAGGCAGGUGCGACUGAGGAGGGACAGCAAAGAGAAAAACGAGAAAAGGCUGGCCUUCCAGAAGAGGCGGGAGAGCAUUCCAAAGAAAGCCAGAAGGUUCUGGGGAAAAAUUGUGGCCAAGAAAAACAAAAACAUGGCUUUUAAGCUUAAGUCCAAGUCUUGCCAUGACCUCUCUGUACUAUGA